AUGCCCGGCUUAUGUGCAGCUUGUAAUAACAAUGUCCUAGUUACGCAAAAAAGAUUGAAUUGCUCUGUCGGGAGUUGCGCUCUGCUGUACCACAGUGAAUGCGUAAACUAUGACGACGUCAACCCAUCAAUUCGAGCGACAUGGGUCUGUCCUUCUUGCACGGCUAGCAAGCCUAAACAGGAUAACAGCAAUACACCAAUUCAAGGCAAAAAUCGCAAGCAGCAAUCGCCCGAUAAUGCAACCAUCUUGCCGCCACUAUUGGGCACGACAAGUAGUCCAAAUCAAGAUGUUAUUAUAAACGAGAUAAGGCGUCGAGAAAUGAAGGAACACUUCGAAAACCAACAAGUAAGCCUUAAUAAGUUCGAUGCCAAGCUUACCGAAGUCCAAAAAGAAGUAAGGGACCUUGGAGGCAAAUUUUGUACACUAAAGGAGGAAGUGGAUGAGCUCACAAAGUCUGUGCAAUUCUUGUCUAAUGCUUAUGAUGACCAGAUUGGGUUAAAUGAAGAAUCCAAAAAGUCCCUGUCGAAUUUAAAUACAGAAAACCAAAAUUUGCGAUCGCAAAUGAUUGACUUGAAUAGCAAAAUUGAUCACCUUGAGCAGCAAGCUAGAGAUUGUAACGUUGAGCUUCAGUGCAUUCCGGAAACCAAAAAUGAGAAUAUCCUCACCAUUGUCCAGCAGAUGGCAUCAGUUGUCUCUUGCGACCUAACAGAUGGCAGCAUACUGAACUUUCACAGAGUUGCUAAGAUGGACACACAAUCACAACGACCGCGAAGCAUUGUAGUGAAAUUGUCCAGCCCAAGAGUACGAGACGAUUUACUUGCGGCCGUUAAACGUUUUAAUAAGAAAAAUCCACAGAACAAGCUGAAUACGUCUCAUUUAGGUUUCGCUGGUCAGACCACACCUAUAUACAUCAUGGAACAUUUAUCCCCGAAGAAUAAAAAAUUACAUGCUGCCACUAGACUAGCUGCGAGAGAGAAGAAAUACGAAUUUGUAUGGAUAAGAAAUGGUCGUAUAUUUGUUCGUAAAAACAAUGGAGCUGCAGCACUGUGGAUAAAAAAUACUGAAACUCUAAACGGCUUACAUUAG